AUGGGGGAAGCAGGUGACAGCAGGGCCCUAGGUGGAAGGAGGGUGGCCAGAGGAUGGUGGCAGGGGCCCCACUUGGAUCCCUCUUCCCUGAUCGCUGGUCCCUGCUGUCAUUUAGGCCCCUCUCCCUCCACGGCCCCUGCAGCCAGCUCCGCCUCCCGACGCCUUCUCUUGGUCCCCCUCCCCAGGUCUGACUGGUUUCUCUACGACUGCCGCCACCUCCGUCACGUGGCCCUUGGCCUCUUCUGCUGCGGGGUCUCCGUCUACCUGGCAGCGCUGUCCAUCUAUGCCCUGCUGCUUUUUGAGAUUGAGACGGGCGCCGCAGCGGCCUCCAUCCUGGGCUCCGGUGCCCUGGUUCUGGUGGCCAUUCUGACCCACACCCUGCUCCGGGCUGCCCGGGCCACCCACCAUGGUCUCCGUGAACUGUCCCCACCGUCCUUUGAAGAUAAUACUGCACGCCCUGCCGAAGCCUCCAAGGACAGCCCCAGGGCUCAGCCCCAGCAUGAUGAGGAAACCGAGGCCCCAAGAGGGGCAGUGACUCACCAGAGGUCCCAGUUCUGAGCAUCAGAGCCAGGAUUUGCCCCUGGCUCUCAUAAACCCCAUGUUGCUGACAGAUGGUGCAAGUCUCAGACCCCGCGCGAGGCCCCCCCCACCGCCCGGGGCUGUGAAUGUCUGAAACCCAUGUGUGCCAAGCAGCCCACAGCCAGGCGCAGACGCGGAGGCUGGACCCACCCACGCGCCUGGCUGCAGGCCAGUCUGCUCUGUGCCUCAGUUUCCCUGCCUGUAAAAUGGGACUGGAAGUAACCCUGCUCUUCAGGCUGCCAAGAGACCCACGAGUCCAUACGAGCCGGCUGGGGCCUGCGCACAGUAGGUCCUCAGCACACGCAACCAUUUCUGUGUCGCUGGGGGUCGGUGUGCCUGGUGUCGGGAAAUGGCCCGGGACGAGGCGAAGUGGCUUAUGGACCUGAUGGAGCUCGGUGGGCUGCAGGACAGGGACCAGGGUCCCCCACCCUCCACCAUCUUGCACAUCCUAAAUAAACUCUAGAGCUCACCA